AUGAAUAACGGCGCGAAGACGACUGGGUACGAACAGCCCGCUGUGGCUACUAAUAGGAACUCACGCCAAAACAAAGCUGUCGAUUGUGAGGCCAACGAACCUCCAGCAGAGCCUCAAGCUUCGCUAGAAAGCCUACUGAAAGCUCACGACUAUGAACAGCCCACCGCAGCUACCAACAUGAACCUACACAAAGAUAAGGCUGUCGACGGUGAUACCAAGCAACCUCCAGCAGAGCCUCAGCGUUGGCCAGAAAUCCUACGCGAAGCCUUGAACUUCGCAACAAAGCUCAGUGUGGGACUUAUUCGCAUGCUGCGCACCUUUGUCGUCACUCUGGCACCGUUUCUUUCAACGCUUCUGGUCCUCUUCUUUCUGGUCAACAUCCUCCGUGCAGCCUUUGAGUCCUCAUGCAAGAUCCCUUUCGUCCCUUACAUCUCUUACCCUUACUGCCAGAGCUUUGACGACAGAACUCAGAGGGUUGAUUCGCUGGAGAACCUUCAAUCACAGCUUAACGUAGUGCGCGAAGUGGCAGGCAUAGUCGACCACAGUAAAGUCCCCUCUCGAGACAAGAUAGUCGACCAUCUGACUGACUUCUGGCAGCUCACAGAUAACACAAUAGACGGUCUCGGUGAUUUCUUGCAGGGCAUCGACCGAAUGGUAGACAGCACAAUCACCCGUAACGAGAUUACGCUCCGCAAUUUGAGGAAUAUCGCAUCUAAGCGUGCCGAACCAGCUAGUAUUGUACUGCAGGUUAUCGCUGUUCUUUUCCACACGCCUCUCACCGCCGAGAACGCAAUUCGCAGACAGUACCUCGAACACCUGGACAGGUUGAUGGCCGAAACCGAUAGGUUACUCCUCGAUUCACACCUUCAAGACAACAAUCUAAAGAGAUUGGCCAAUAUCCAGUGGGACAUUCACAACAUUAUUGUGGGGGAUAAUGAUCAUGUAACGGAACAGGAACAGGAGGUCCAGGGCAAUUUUUGGGCUCAGUUUGGUGGAUAUAAGAAGUUGCUGGACGAUUAUAAGCAGCAGGCUGCGGUUCUGCAGCAACUCGAUGUGCAGCGCAAGUGA